GACAGCUAACGCACGUUAGCGUCCACCCAUCAUGGCAGAUUUGAGGUGGUAACGCAUACGAGAGGGCGCGAUGGAAUCCAGCAGUUACUUCGGUUCUCUCGCCCAUCACGAGUCGUCGAACUCCUCUCUCGACGCGUCUCCACCUGCUCUAAGUAUUGCCGAACCCACACACUCGGACACGCAACACGAUUCAUCAAGCAAUUUCCCCCGUUCGAGUCCUUCUCAGAUGUCCUUGGCUCCUGUUGUGAGCAAGGGCGCUAGCACUGCCAACCUUCCCGUCGCCGUGCCGUCACAUCAAAACCAGUUUCCGUCCAAUCCCGUCUCUAUGGCGCAGAGUACGCCGACGUACGGCGCUGCUUCGUCCAUGUUGCCACCGGUUCAUAUGAAGAGACAGAGGCGUAUGCCGUCGAGCAAGUAUGAAGAGGACGAGCAUCCGCCACCGCCGCCGGCGCGCGUUGCGAAUCAGGGUCGCGUCACCAACCAGUUGCAGUAUCUACAGAAAGUGGUACUGAAGGCAUUGACGAAGCAUCCGCACUCGUGGCCGUUCGCUGAGCCUGUAGACGCUACAAAGCUGAACCUACCAGAUUAUCACACUAUUGUAAAACACGUUAUGGACUUAGGAACAAUCAAGAAGAAGUUCGAGAAGAAAGAGUAUUACUCGGCCAAGGAGUGUGUUGCAGACUUUCGGCUGAUAUUUAGUAAUUGCUUUUUGUACAAUAGACCGAAAGAUGAUGUCGUUCUCAUGUGUCAGACAUUGGAGAAACUGUUUGAAAGCAAGUUAAAAGGCAUGCCACCCGAAGAACAUGAAAUUGUUCCAGCGUCGAAAUCUAAGGCUGCCCCUCAGGUUGUCAGUCAUUUUUCUGCGAUGGGAGCUCCAGCACCGAGGAUGGUACCUCAUGGGGUUACAUUGCCGUCUGGCCCGACAAAACCAGUUGGAUUGUCGACAUUGCACCAUGGAAUGCCGCAACUUCAAGUGGCAGCAGUGCAGCCUCAAGUCCACACACCUGCAGCUACUCCCAAGCCAAAGAAAGUGGCUCAGAAGAGACGUUCAGAGACAACGACUCUAACCGGCUAUGGUGAGUUUGAACCGCCUUCAAAGAUUAUGGGAAAUUUCUCUGUGGAAAGGCCAUCGAGACCAGUGAAGAGACCAAACAGGAUGUUGCCCGGAGAGCAGGCAGAAAGUCGUAGAAGAGGCAAGCACUCGGAACAACUAAAAUAUUGCACAGAAAUAAUCAAAGACAUGUUUUCUAAGAAACACUAUACGUAUGCAUGGCCAUUUUAUAAACCCGUUGAUCCAUUAGCAUUGAAAUUACCAGAUUAUUUUGACAUUAUCAAACAUCCAAUGGAUAUGAGUACAGUUCAGAAAAAGUUGGAGCGUCGCGAGUAUCGAAGUCCGGCCGAGUUUGCGGCUGACAUUCGACUGAUGUUUACCAACUGUUAUCGUUAUAAUCCUCCUGAGAGUGAUGUCGUGAAAAUGGCAAAGAAAUUACAGGAUGUGUUUGAGAUUCGUUGGGCGAAGAUGCCUGAGGAACCUGCUGGCUCUGGAAGGCAAGUAGAGAUGAUGACAGACAGCUCGAAUGGUUCCGAGAGUGAGUACAUUGGUUCAGCUGGUUCAGAUGCAGACACCGAUGAUAGUGAAACUCAGAGAACAAGUCAACUGAGGAUACUUCGUGAGAAGUUGACAAGUGUUGAGCAGGAGCUCAGCUACUUAUGUCAGAGACACAAGAAGAAGAAACGAGACAAGCGAAUUCCUAUAUCAGACGGAAAGGCUGCUACCCAUGAGGCGCCGAUCUCACAAGUCGCUCCUCCUCCACCAGCUUCUACCAUGCAGCCUGCACCUGCACCGGCUGCAACAGAGAAAAAGAAAGUAGUAGUUCCCGUCAAUACACCCACCCCUGUUGGGGGAGUGCAGAUUGCAGGAACACUGAAGCCAUCUGUAAAGAGACAAACCAGCAAGGUUGCCAUACAGAGACCUCGUCUUGAUAGCAGUGAUGAUGAAGACACAGCCAAACCGAUGUCUUAUGAUGAGAAGCGACAACUCAGUCUCAACAUUAACAAACUUCCUGGCGAGAAGCUUGGGAAGGUUGUCAACAUCAUUCAGCAGAGAGAGUCAAGUCUCAAAGACUCAAAUCCUGAUGAAAUUGAGAUUGAUUUCGAAACGCUAAAACCGUCGACGUUACGAGAGCUAGAGAGCUACGUUGCAGUAUGUUUGAAAAAGAAGCGAACCGCAAGGAAGAAGGCAAAGGGAGACAGCAGAAUGUCUGAACAACAAAAGAAAAAGGAAGAGGUGGAGAAACGACUGCAGGAUGUCAGUAGUCAACUUGGGCAGCCUGCGGUUUCAUCUAAGAAAGCGCAAGAAAUGGCAGAGAAAAACCUUAUAGUUGACAUUGGGGGUCCGUCUCGUUUGAGUGACAGCAGCAGUAGCAGCAGUGGCUCAUCGUCUAGCAGUUCAGGCUCCAGCUCGGGUUCCAGUUCCAGCUCUGACAGCAGCAGUGACUCAGAGGAACAAGGGACCGGCUCUGCCCAGAAGGUUGCUGCACAGACACAAUCAGCACCUCAACCUAGUAAAUCAGAGUCAUCCACAGCCGGCGAAAAGAAGAGUCACACAAAAGUGGACGAAAACUCGUUGACAACUGCAGCUGCCCCUGUUACCUCUCAAUCUAAGCCUGUUGCAGUCAGUGCCAAAUUAGCCAGCACAUCAACCGUUUCAGCUACCGGAGUAGAUACCGGAGUAGAUGCUGUAGCCAACAGCAGUGCUCAAAACGGCCAACCUUUUAAGGGAGUCAGUGAGCCGAAAGAGACAGUUACAUUUGGAGUGGCUCAACUUCCAACGGCUGGAAGAAUAGCACCUUUAUCACAAGCAACCAAAGGGACAUCAAGUGACACGUCAGCGAAGAAGGAGGUAAAGGUUCAAAACAUCAGUUCGUGGUCUAACCUUGCGAAUGCGAAGACACCUACGCAGUCUGGAGUGCAAACAGCUGCUCCGUCUUCAUCUUCAGCGUCGAGCUUUGAGUUGUUCAAGAAACAAGCAAGAGAGAAAGAAGAAAGGGAGAGAGCAAUGAAAGCUCAAGAGGAAAUGUUGAGGCAGCAGAAAGCACAAGCCGAAAAGGAACGGAUGAAACUUGCAGAAGAAAAGCUACGUGAGAAAGAGGAAGACGAAAUGAUAGAGAGAGUAAGAAAACAGCAUAUGGUCGAGCAAGAAAAGCAACAAGCCGAGAUAGACAGACAGAAAAUGCGGGAACAAGAAAGACGGAAACGAGAAGCAAUGUCUGCGACCGUGGACAUGACAUUUCAGAGUGACAUCAUGCAGUCAUUCGAAGACGCCCUUUGAGAGACGCUCUUGACUAGGUUUUGUCUCAUUGAUUGUUAUCUUGCUACUGCGGUUGUUGUUGCAUGAAGUAGCUUGAAUUCAUCUCACCGUAUCUUUGCUGGUUGGUGGGCAGUGUAGGUAGUUGGAUCAGUUAGUAACUUCAACUUGUCAUAUGCAAUCGGAAAGACAGCUCUAAGGUAGAGUUCUUUUACAACUUACGCUGGGACAUGUGAAUGGUAUUUAUUGCUUUCGAGUGGUACAGUAUGUGUUGUGUUGGAGUAACAGAGUGUUCAUCAGCUGUUAUUAUUACGAUGCUCAAUCGGCAGUGUCGUACACUAGAGGCAUGAUGAUCAAGUGACUGACUA